AAAUUCUUCUAAGGAGGAGCCUAGGCUGUCCCAUCACCCUGUAGGCUUUGCUGUGGCAAGAGGGACGGAAGUCACACUACAGGAAGGACUUCCUGACCAUGAGGAAUGUGCUUUUAAGAAGGAGGUGGGUUAUUUAUCGGAGUCGGAUUAGCCCUGGGGUGUCUGUGCUCUUUAACCAGCAGUCAGCUGGGCUCAGGCUGAGUGGGCAGGAAACUACCCACUUUAUAGGUCAUGAAGCCCUUGGUGCUAGAUGCCUUAUUAACCCUGCAUUAUGAGGUUCCCCCUGGAGCCUUCAGGGAGGGGGUGAGCAGCCAUCAUCAGGCGUUUGGGUGCCCCCCGAAGUACGUUCGAGCUCAGAUGGGAAAUUGUCUGGGUUCCCCACUGGCCUGACGCUGCCGUAAGAGUGUUGGAGAGCCGUCUGGUGACAGCCUCUGGCUGAGCAUGGCCCUUCCAGCCCUGGGCCUGGACUCCUGGAGCCUCCUGGGCCUUUUCCUCUUCCAGCUGCUCCUGCUGCUUCUGCCACCACCGACGACCGCACGGGGUGACGGGCAGGGGCCCACACCCAGGGUCAAAUACUACGCAGGGGAUGGACGCAGAGCUCUUAGCUUCUUCCAUCAGAAGGGCCUCCAGGAUUUUGACACUCUGCUCCUGAGUGGUGAUGGAGACACUCUCUAUGUGGGGGCUCGAGAGGCCAUUCUGGCUUUGAAUAUCCAGGAUCCAGGGGUACCAAGGCUGAAGAACAUGAUACCCUGGCCAGCCAGUGACCGAAAAAAGAGUGAAUGUGCCUUUAAGAAGAAGAGCAAUGAGACACAGUGUUUCAACUUUAUUCGUGUCCUGGUCUCCUUCAAUGCCACCCAUCUCUACGCCUGUGGCACCUUCGCCUUCAGCCCUGCUUGCACCUUCAUUGAACGCCAAGAUUCCAACCUGUUGCCCAUCUCGGAGGACAAGGUUGUAGAGGGGAAAGGCCAAAGCCCCUUCGACCCCGCCCAUAAGCACACGGCUGUCCUGGCAGAUGGGAUGCUCUAUUCCGGCACCAUGAACAACUUCCUGGGCAGUGAGCCCAUCCUGAUGCGCACACUGGGAUCCCAGCCUGUCCUCAAGACAGACAAUUUCCUCCGCUGGCUGCAACCGGACGCCUCCUUCGUGGCAGCCAUCCCUUCGACCCACGUCGUCUACUUCUUCUUCGAGGAGACAGCCAGCGAGUUUGAGUUCUUCGAGAAGCUCCACACAUCCCGGGUGGCCAGAGUCUGCAAGAACGACGUGGGCGGCGAAAAGCUGCUGCAGAAGAAGUGGACCACCUUCUUGAAGGCCCAGCUACUCUGCGCCCAGCCGGGGCAGCUGCCCUUCAACGUCAUCCGUCACGCUGUCCUGCUGGCAGACAAUUCCUCCACCGAUCCCUAUGUCUACGCUGUCUUCACCUCUCAGUGGCAGGUUGGUGGGACCAGGAGCUCUGCUGUCUGUGCUUUCUCACUCAAGGACAUCAAGCAUGUCUUUGAGGGGAAGUAUAAGGAAUUGAACAAAGAGACUUCACGCUGGACUACUUACGGGUUCCCUGAUAUCAGUCCUCGGCCAGGCAGCUGCUCGGAGAGCCCCUCCUCUGAUAAAGCCUUGACCUUCAUGAAGGACCAUUUCCUGAUGGAUGAGCCGGUGGUGGGGACACCCCUGCUGGUGAAGUCUGGUGUGGAGUACACACGGCUUGCGGUGGAGACAGCCCAGGGCAUUGACGGGAAUAGCCAUCUGGUCAUGUACCUGGGCACCAGCACAGGGUCCCUCCACAAGGCUGUGGUGAGUGGGGACAAGAACGCUUAUCUGGUGGAGGAGAUCCAGCUGUUCCCUGACCCUGAGCCUGUUCGCAACCUGCAGCUGGCCCCCACCCAGGGCGCAGUGUUUGCAGGCUUCUCAGGAGGCAUCUGGAGGGUUCCCCGAGCCAACUGUAGUGUCUACGAGAGCUGUGUGGACUGUGUCCUUGCCCGGGACCCUCACUGUGCCUGGGACCCGGAGUCCCAAAUCUGCCGCCUCCUGCCCACCACCAUCCCGAAGUCCUGGAAGCAGGACAUGGAGCGUGGGAACCCAGAGUGGGCAUGUGCCAAUGGCCCCGUGGGCAGGAGCGGAAGGCCUCGGAGCCACCCCCAAAUCAUUAAAGAAGUCCUGGCUGUCCCCAACUCCAUCCUGGAGCUCCCCUGCCCCCAUCUCUCAGCUCUGGCCUCUUACCACUGGAGUCACGGCACAGCAGCGAUCCCGGACGUCUCUUCCACAGUCUACCGUGGCUCCCUCUUGCUGCUACUGCGAGAUGGGGUGGGGGGUCUCUAUCAGUGCUGGGCCACUGAGAAUGACUUCUCAUACCCUGUGGUCUCCUACUGGGUGGACAGUCAGGACCAACCCCUGGCCCUGGAUCCUGAACUGGCGGGCAUUCCCCGGGAACGCAUGGAGGCCCCGCUGACCACAGUCGGUGGUGGGGCUGCCCUGGCUGCCCCGCGGUCCUACUGGCCCCACUUCCUCACCGUCACUGUACUCCUUGCCUUAGUGCUUUCAGGAGCCCUCAUCCUCCUCCUCUCCUCCCCUUUGGGGGCACUCCGAGCCCGGGGCAAGGUCCAAGGCUGUGGGACCCUGCCCCUCGGGGAGAAGGCCCCAUUGAGCAGGGAGCAGUGCCUCCAACCCCACAAGGAAUGCAGGACCUCUGCCAGUGAUGUGGACGCCGACAACAACCUCCAGGGCACUGAGGUGGCUUAAACUCUGGGUACAAGCUGGAGCUGUCGGGUAGGGCAGGGCGCCUGGCCAUGCUGGCUGGGGGGACCGGGAGCAGUGCAGCCCUGACUAGGGUGGGAGUAGCACAAAAGACCACCUUCCUCCCACAAGAGGACCUUCUCCGCCACUCUGUGCCACCGAUAGCACUCAGUGGGGCUGGGCACAGCGGCCUGACUCCCCUGUGGGACUCCCUUCUACCAAGCACGUGGCCUCUCUAAUGGGGGCUGCCCCAGACCUGGACCUAGGCUAUGAUAGGAGGACCUAGAGAGGAUCCUUCAGUUCUGGCCAUUCCGGGACCUUCCAGAAACAUACUGCUACAGGAGACCCUAGAACACCAAACACCUAAGCAACUGUAAGAUAGCACACCACACCUGGAGACUCCACUCUAAAAGCAGCUGCCACCUUGGACACCAACACUCCCCUCUCCCAAGGCUCUCCAGGACUCUGCAGGGAGCUGCUCCCUUUCUGCUCCCCUUAUCAACUCAACCCGGGAGGUCUUUCCUAAAGUCUCACCUCCUUCCAUCUUGCUUCAGUUGGGGCAGAUUUAACCCCUUCUGGCCUGGCUAGAACACAGGGGUAAUCUGAGCCUUGUUCACUCCUUUUCCCUGGCUGACCCCUGGACCCCUUUCCUCUCCCCUCUCCUUUGUUUUGGGAUUCAAAAACCACUUGUCACAGACAGUUUAUUUUUUAUUAAAAAGACAAAGCUUAUG